AUGGCACCGACAAAGCCAAAGAAGAAGUCUGAAGACAGGGCGAGGGACCGAGUCCGAGCCAAGGCCUCGGCGCAAGCCCCAAAUGUCAAUCCGAGAGCGCUUCUUAACCAAGCCACUUCCUUCCUCGAGGAAGGCGACCCCGAGACCGCAGCAAAGAUAGCGCUUGUCGCGUACGAACACAUCGGAGAGGACGGCAGGCAAGCUGGCGCAGCUUUGUCACUACUUGGCCAAAUCCACGUCGAGUUGGGCGAGGUCGACACGGCGCGCGCCUUCUUCCUUGCUGCCGUGAAAGCGGACGAGGACGGUUCCCUUCCCGAGGACCUCGGCGGCGGCCCCGAAAAGUUUUUAUGGCUUGCGCAGCUCAGCGAAGAGGGCGGCCAGAACAGCGUCUCGUGGUUCGACCGCGGCGCCGCCGCGCUGCGCUCCCAAAUCCAAACACUCACCGACUCGCUGGAAUCCCGCCCCUUGACCCGAGACGCACAGGAGGCCGUCAUAGCCGAGAAGCGGAAACGGCUCGCAGAGACCCUCUGCGCCGUCGCAGAAGUCUACAUGACAGAUCUCAGCUGGGAGGAGGAUGCUGAGCAGCGGUGCGAGGCGCUCAUCACUGAGGCCACCAUGCUGGCCCCCGAAUCCGCCGAGACAUGGCAAACCGUCGCCAAUGUUCGCAUCUCGCAGACGAGGACAGGAGAAGCUCAGGAAGCUUUGAAGCGGAGUUUGGGCCUCUGGGUAGAUCUCGCGCCCGAGGAUUCCGGCGUGCCGCCCUUCCCUUCCCGGGUCAGCCUCGUCCGACUGCUGAUCGAGGUCGAUAUGGAGGAGCAGGCGAGAGAGGUCACUGAGCGUCUAAUAGCCGAGGACGAUCGGAGCGUCGAGGCUCUGUAUCUCGGCGGUUAUGCCAGGUACAGAUUGGGAGAGAAGCUAAAGAAUCGGGACCAGCCUUCCGACACCGAGACAUGGAAGGCUCUCUGGCGAUCGUCGAGGAAAUGGCUCACUCAGUGCCUGAAAGUCUUUAAACAAGAAGAAUACGAGGACGAAAGGUUAGGGGAGCACGCGCACGAGUUGCUCGAGUCCAUCAAGUGCGAGCUUGGCGAGUCUGUCGAGGAUGGAGAGGACGACGAUGCAUGGGAAGAUACAGAUGAGGAGGAAUGGGAGGGUCUGGAUGAUGGCGACGAGGAUACGAAUAUGAAGUCAUGA